AUGAGGCAUGAGCGUCGUCGUGAACAGCCUGAAAACAGACCUACGUUUCGCCCUUCACUGGGAAAAUGGGAUUUGGACCAUAUUGCUACUGCCGUACUGGGAAUAUGAUUGGCAAAUGGCAAGUCAGUGAGUUGGUCUGGGUUCGCAGACUAGUGAGUUGGGUGAUUGGAAUUAAUACAAAUUCUUUGCUGUGAAACAGUAAUAGGAUCGAUACCACCCACACGGCCCCCUUGUAUUAACAGAUGUCGGCAACUGUUUGUGACUUUUACUUGGCGCUCAUAACGGCAAAUCAGUUUGAUCAUUAGUUACGAUAUUGAAUAUUAUGUUGUUCUGGUUAUCUGUUUGAUAUUAUAAAAUAGCUCAUAUUUAUUCUUUAUUUAGUUUCGUUAGCAUUGAAGUGUACUGAAUGUACUGGCAGGGGAUGGGCAUGUCCUGGUCAAGGACGUGAAGUAGAAUGCCAAGCUGGUGAAAGUCGAUGUGGCAGAGAGUGGUUAGUGCAAAACCAUACAUUCAUGUUUCAUGAAGGCUGUGUGAAGGACGGCCUGUGUAUUGGCUCUAUCGACUGCAACAAAGAUGGCUUCAAGUUAGGACAACUUUAUAAAAAUGGGAGAAAUUGUGUUGUAACAUGUUGUGACGGUGAUACCUGUAACAAAGGAAUUAACCACACCUUCCCCUUCUAUUGUUUCCAAUGUCAAGCAAAAAGUGAGAAGUGUUAUUUAAACAGCAAAGCCUGUGCUUACGGGGAAGACAGAUGUCUGAGGGUCAACUUUAAGGUUGGUGGUGAGUUGAUGACAGAACAACGUUGUUACCAGUCUUCGCGCUGUUCUAAUUCUUCUGAGAUAUGUGAUAUGGUGAAGAAGGAUCACCCAACAGCGAGCGAGUGUAAACAUGUGUGUUGUGAAACUUUUAAUUGCGAUCAUAAAAUUCCAACUAAUCGUCCAUCAUCGUCUCUUUCUUUGAUAACUUCUUGCCUUUCUUUGAUUUACUUCCUAUUACUGUUUGUGACUGUAAGGAUAUCACGUGACUCAUGCAUGCGAGCACAUGGGACGUCCAAGGAACGUUGAAGAAGGACUGAGUAUAGUUGAGUUAUCAAGUAAAGUUAAAUGUAGUUUAUACGGCAUAAGAUAAAUAAAAUAUAUAACGUUACAUGGUGUCAGAAAAGGGAUUUUAAUCAAAGAUACAA